ACAUUGUUACUUCAAUCUCUCUCUCUCCAACCUUUCUCGCGAUUUACAGAACGCAUCCAUUUCCUGUAUCCUCUUGUUGCUGUUUCUUCCGUUUCGGUCUUCUCGGAACGACCUUCAUCCUCCAUUUCAUGGACUGUUUGCACGAAAUCCAGCACGGAAUUAGUCUAACCUCUCUCUCGAACAAACCCAUUUGAUAUUUAAAGGGGUUUCUACCUUUCGUUUUCUUUGAAUCUCAUCGUACAUCGAUUGGAUUUCCCAUACCCUUUUGUCUUGAAAUCAUGAGGCCAACUCAGCCACCUCUCGCUGCUGGAGCUCCCAAUCGUGACCGUAAGCGGUUUGGCCGUAAAGACCUGACCUUGCCAAUGCCGCCGCGUGACCAUUCAAGAGCGGUGCCUCUUCCUCUUCCGCCGUCCAGCUCGGCGCCCUCGACCAGUCACCAUGCCGGCCCUGUUCACCAGCUUAUCCCCUUCUCCGAGCUCGAACGGCUCAACCGAAUCGGUAGCGGGGCCGGCGGUACCGUAUAUAAGGUCGUCCACCGACCUACCGCUCGGGUUUUCGCGUUGAAGGUUAUAUACGGCCAUCACGAGGACUCCGUGCGUCGACAGAUCCAUCGCGAAGUCCAGAUCCUUCGGGACGUGGAUGACCAGAACGUGGUCAAAUGUUACGAUAUGUAUGAUCACAACGCUGAAAUCCAAGUGCUUCUCGAGUUCAUGGACGGUGGGUCCUUGGAAGGGCAACACAUCCCCGACGAGCAGCGCCUUGCAGAUCUAGCUCGUCAGAUUCUCCGUGGCCUCGCCUACCUCCAUCGCCGCCACAUCGUUCACCGAGACAUCAAGCCCUCGAAUCUUCUGAUCAACUCGCGCAACCAAGUCAAGAUUGCGGACUUCGGUGUGGGUCGGAUUCUCGCGCAAACUAUGGAUCCGUGUAAUUCAUCGGUGGGGACGAUCGCAUAUAUGAGCCCCGAGAGAAUCAAUACGGACAUCAACGAUGGACAAUACGAUGCGUAUGCUGGCGAUAUAUGGAGCCUUGGAGUGAGUAUACUGGAAUUUUACAUGGGUAGAUUUCCCUUUGCGGUCGGAAGGCAAGGGGAUUGGGCCAGUUUGAUGUGUGCGAUUUGUAUGUCUCAGCCGCCGGAGGCUCCAGCGACGGCGUCGACUGAAUUUAGGGAUUUCAUAUCGCGCUGUUUGCAGAGAGAUCCGUCGCGGAGGUGGACGGCGACGAGAUUGUUAGGGCAUCCUUUUAUAAAUCCGGGAAUUCGACAACAGAAUCCAGUUCAUCAGAAUCUUCAUCAACUGCUACCUCCUCCUCGCCCGCUUUCUUCCUAGUUCUCUUUUUUCUUCUUCCUUUUUAAUCAUAAAAUGACUUCCUGUAAUUUUUGAAAAGAUGAGUUGGGAUUUGAUUCCUAGGGAAAAAUUGUAGAAUGGGGUGUCAGACUCAAAUCGAAUCAAUCUUGUCUUGAUAAGGUUUACGAGGGAAGGAAAUAUCUGUCACAUUGGGUAGCUCAAGACUCAUUGCAUUCUUUCAGCUCUACAUAUUCAAUGACAGAUCAAACUUAAGAGAAUGUUAUGCAAUUGGCAUUUUGAAGCCCUCAUACCUUCUGUUGUUGCCUUUUCUGUUCAUACAUAAUUUGGUAAUUUUGGGAUUGACAAUGAAUGAA